CUUGCCAUUCAAUUUACGUCCAUCAAAAUCAACACACCCCAUUCAACCAUCCACCAUAUCUACUACCACGCAAUACCCGAACCUUUUCCAGCUCUACCAAGAGACCAAAAUUAUUUAGAGCGCGUCCAAGUUCUUUUUUUCUAGUGACGCCCUUUAAACUACCUUUGCUGUACAGUACCAAGUUCUAUUCAUAAACAACCAACCGAAGUGUGAGCAACCUUUUGCCCACCUAUUACCCACGUCUACCCACGUCUAUCAACCUCUAUCACCUCCUCUCACCAAUUAACCGACAACGACACCCUUAACCUAGGACAGUUCAACUUGUACCUAGGCUCAUGAUAUCCAUGCACCGAGCGUCCGUGAGCCUGCGCCUGCCCUUACUUCCCUCAUUCGACUCGAACCCGCGAAGUGCACACUCACUGCUGCCCUUGACAGGCAUCAUUUCGUGAUUCGUGAUUUCGUGGUGUUACGAGGGGCUCCAGGGAAUUUCGAUUCGCAUUACUUCACACCUCUUCUUCCCUCCUCCUUAUCCCCUCCCGACCAAGAGAUCACCACCCUCAUGGUCCCCCCACCGCCAUCUCACUCGCGAUCCGGAACUUUUUCACCUGCUCCUGCCCAAAGUUUGCAGACAGGGCUUACCCAUUCUCCCCAUCCGUCACAGACAGGCCCACUGAGUGCUGGCGCAAGUCCCAGUACCAGCAGUCCGACCACGGGGACCAGUUCUCUUACAAAAAUUGUCGUUGCCCAAGUUUAUCUUCUUCUGAGCACAAUCAAGGAGGACAAGGACCGCGCAAAGUGGGAACUACAGGUGGAUCAACUAAAAAAGCUCCUCGAUGAUCACGGAAUGGAGGUGUUUUCUAAAUAUUUCACCCGGUUGGUAGCCGGCAAUGCUCCCCAGAUCUUUCCGGGUAUCAACCGAUCCGUUGCCAACCCUGGCAACUACUCGCUUCUAGUCGGAGAGAUGUCCAAGAUCUCCCACGACCUUGACCAAGCCUCCAAAAUAUCCGAGUCGAUCGAAACUGCCAACGAAGAUAUCUUCCGCGAUUUUGACCUGUCUACAUUUAUGGAGCACUUUAAACUCGAUGCCUUGGAGAAGACCAUUCUGGCGCUGGCGUUCAAGUUCGGGUCCCGUCAGGAUCUAAAGACUAAGGCUGAUGCGAUACUAUCGACGAACUUUCCCACCUUCGUAAACAUAAUCUCUCGCGCAGAUUAUAGCGACCAUUCCGACCUCACCCCCUCCUUCAUUGCCGCUAUCGUCGAUCGAUAUAUCCAGGGCCACCCGCCCAACUUUAACUCGGCCGCUAAACAUGAGUUGAGUCAUAAAGUUCAGUCGCGUUGGUUACAGGUAGAUCAAGCACCUCCGAUGGAGGUCCUAGCUGCUCUAGAUCUUAUCAGAGUACUAGGCGAGAAGCCGCCCAACGCACUAGCUCUUUAUAUACAACGGACUGGCACGGACUUUACUCGUGAUGAGGAGACCUGUGCGGCUUAUCUUCAGUCUCGACCGAAUAACAUUCAGUUGACCGAGGAGCAAGUCUCUACGGCUUUAACUUACACAACCGUCAGCAUCACAUAUCGUCAUAAUCCUUCCGUACUCGUUUCGACCCUUCGCCAUAUUCUUCCUCCUAGUUUCCGUUGGCAAGACGUUGUCACAUAUUUCGACCAGCGUGACGUACGUGUAUCGUCUGCGCAGUUCUUACGAGUAUAUGAGGCACUUCUACCCAUCGCACAAGCCCAAGAGGACCCGUCAUCUCCUUUCGGCAUCCAAAGUCUGUGGGGAGGCUCUCAUUGGGAGAAUCCGGAAACCCAGCUAUCUUUCAUCUGCGCAUUCGCGUCUUUGAGCCCGGAUCAACUAGACGCCAGUACCAUUCCCGGCCUUCAUCCGACAUUCACUCUCGAAGAUUAUGCAAAUUCGCCACCCGAGGUCCGCGAACGAGCAGCAGUAGCCGUAAAACACCCUCUUGUUUCGAGUCUAGCCCUGUCAGCAAUAUUCCAGGUCGCCCUUCAUUCUCUACACGCAUCGCAAAGUACAGAAGCAAAACGACUGUUCCAAGAGGUGGUUGUCCCAAAUCUCGAUAUCUUCAUCGUCUCUGCUUUUGGGGUUCCGAAGCCGUGGCCGUCGAUGGCGGUAGAAACCCUCGCAUCUCUGUUCGAUAACUUCCUACACCGACGUUCUGGGUAUCAUGACUUCGUUUUGGACAGCCUCUGGAGAAAGGACAGGGACUGGGUUACCCAAAGACUUGUCGAUGCUCAUGCGAUGAAGCCAAUGGAUCUUACGCUGAUCUUCGAGCAUGUCAUUAAGCAUGGCUGGCUAGACGAGUUAGUGUAUUUGCCAAAUGGAUUUGGAUACGACCUUGCGGCGCUCGCGCAUGCUGAAGCCCAGCUAGAUCUCGCUCAGUGGGCCCACAACAACGCUGAGCGAAGCCCUGCCAUCUCCCAAUCUCUACUGCAGUUCUUGAUGAUCAAGGCAAACUUGGAGUUGGCGUCUCAGAAACCCGGAGAGGGGCAGUUAGUAGCGAAGACUACCACGCCUCUCCAUGUCAAGACGGUGCUUGCCAUGCUUCAAAUUCUCGAGGACUUCCUACCGCGAAACCCUUUGCCAGAGUUGAUCAUAGUUCAGCGUGUGUGCAUUACAGCUUACCCCCGACUUAUCAACUACGGGGAAGGCUAUGAUGACAUCAUUGACGCUAACGGACGGGAAGGCAACGGGCUUCCGUCUGCUGCAAUCGCCAAGAUGGAGGAACAUUAUAAGAAAAUGUAUGGCGAAGAGUCGGAGGUUAAGUAUGUCGUCCAAAAACUUGAAGAAUACAAGCAAUCGCGAGAUCCUUUGGAGCAGGAUAUUUUCGCGUGCAUGAUCCACGGCCUCUUUGACGAAUAUUCCCACUUCAUCGACUAUCCCCUCGAAGCCCUCGCUACUACCGCGGUUUUGUUUGGUGGUAUCAUUUCCCACAAGCUCAUCUCUGAGUUACCUCUUAAGAUCGGGCUUGGUAUGAUCCUGGAGGCAGUGAGAGAUCACGGUAUUGACGACUCCAUGUACAAGUUCGGACUUCAAGCCUUGAUCCAGAUCACCUCGCGUUUCAGGGAGUGGCCCGGGCUCUGCAAGCAGCUCCUCCAGAUUCCUGGCUUGCGCGGAACAGACGCGUACAGAAAAGCCGAAGAAGCUGUGCUAGAAGAUGAGGAGGAUCGUGCACGCAAUCAGAACGGCACUACAACUCCUAAUCAUUUAGUACCCGAACCAGUCUUGAAUGGAACAACCGAUGGCCCCGAAGCGCACACCUCCCCCUUUACGUCAAUUAAUGUCGAUCCGCUUCCUCAGGGGAUUGGCUUCGAGGAUCCAAUCGUCGACAUUCAAGACAGAGUUCAAUUCGGACUUAACAAUCUGACGGCUUCCUCGUUGCAAACGACCUAUAAGGAAAUACAUGACGUCUUAGAUGAGCGGCACCAGAAAUGGUUUGCUAGUCACCUCGUUGAAGAGCGAGCAAAGAUGCAGCCCAACUAUCACCAAGUAUAUCUUGAUCUGGUGAAACUUUUCCAGAACUCGGAUCUAUGGUCUGAAGUGCUCCGCCAAACCUAUAUCAGUGUUUCUCGCAUGCUGAAUUCAGAGAGCACGAUGCAGAACUCUACUGACAGAACUCACCUCAAGUACUUAGGCGCCUGGCUGGGUUUACUGACGAUUGCAAGGGACCAGCCGAUCAAGCACAAGAACAUUGCUUUCAAGCAAUUGCUCAUUGAAGCCCAUGAUACCAAGAGAUUAGUUGUGGUUGUACCUUUUGUGUGUAAGGUGUUGAUACAGGCCUCAAAGUCGACCAUUUUCCGGCCUCCGAAUCCAUGGUUGAUGGAUAUUAUCCAUCUCCUCAUCGAACUGUAUCAUCACGCCGAACUAAAACUCAACCAGAAGUUCGAGAUUGAAGUCCUCUGCAAAGAUCUUAACCUGGAUCAUAAGAGCAUCGAGCCAUCCAGCGAGCUACAAGAUCGCGUUCCGGUUGAGGAGGUGAUCGAUAUGGCAGCACAAGAUCCUCUGGAGCAUUUCGAGAAUUUGUCUCUCAACGGAAUGGCUGGCGCCGUUCCAGCUGGCCUCACUCCACACCCUAUUCCUGUCUCGAUCCCGGAUAUCAGCACUCUUCUUUCGAUCCCACCUACAAACGAGAUGGUUGUUAACAGCGUUCGUCUUCAUGAGAUCGUACGUACCGCCGUUACGAAGGCGCUACAGGAUAUAAUCCAGCCAGUAGUCGAUAGGUCCGUUACAAUCGCUGCGAUCAGUACCCAACAGAUGAUCCAUAAAGACUUCGCUACCGAGCCCGAUGAGAACAAACUCCGGACGUCUGCGAUCAACAUGGUCAAGGCAACUGCGGGCAGUCUCGCCCAAGUUACUUCCAAGGAGCCUCUUAGGGCUAACAUUACGAACUACAUGCGAAAUGCCGCUACCGAACUCCCGCACUCGCUUCCUGAGGGCACAAUUAUUAUGUGUGUCAACUCGAACCUUGAGCUUGCUUGUAGCGUCAUCGAAAAGCAGGCUGAGGAGCGUGCUGUACCCGAAAUUGAGGAGAUGAUCGAAGGCGAGAUAGAAGCCAGGCGCCGUCACCGUGUGCAGCGACCCAAUGAGCCCUACGUUGAUCCUAGCCUUAGCCGAUGGGCGAUGACCAUCCCAAAUCCAUACAAGCUCUCCCCGAGUAUGGCUGGUUUGAAUUCGGAGCAGAUGGCGAUCUACGAAGACUUUGCAAGACAGCCAAGAGGCGCCACCCAACCUGGGGCGGCUCACGCCUCGUCAGCAUCGGACGCCACAAGGAACAUUGCAAACGAGGUCCUUCAAGAUUCGUAUAGCUCUAUACCAAGCCUCGCUACGCCGGCUGAGACCCCGUCUCUACCCCAUCUAAAUACGCAAUUGCCCUACUCCCACGUACACGCCGGGAUGCCUAACGGACGCCCCUCGGCCCGUCCCGUCGAUGGAAGAGGGCUAAUGGAGAGGGUUGAAGGACUCUUGACCGAACUCAAGCGUACUGCCACAGCAUCAGAGGAGGAACAUUUCGCCGAUCUGCCUAGGCUACACCCGGUUUUAGAUAUUAUCGACAUGUUCACUCAACUUAUUAUCAACACGUCGCAGAAUUCGGACGAGUUUGCAUUCUACGCAGCUGAGAAGAUUUGCCAAGCCCUCUUUAGCGGAGUAGACAACACUCUCUUCCUUGAUUGCCUCGUCCAUGUUCUGGAACAAUUGUUAAAGAUUGCUGCUAGUUCUGGCACUGCAUUGCACGACCGUGUUCAGAUCAGCUUCUAUCAACAGCCGCCGCAGCACAUCCUCAAUAUUUCGCUGAUAACCGCUCUCCUCCCGACAGAUUUCCUCGAUCUGCACAGUAUUGACCAGAUGACAGCCAAGAUGCUGGUACAGAGAGAGGAAGUAUACUUGGAGUUCUUUGAUAAGCUUCUCGACUUGACGUUGUUCAACGACCGCCCCAUGGCUCUUUUUGCAGAUUUCGUGGGAAGCUUAGAGGCUACAUGGGAGUGGAUCAAUGAAGACCCUAACCUCGAACUCGGUCAGCGGUUGAAAUCGAAAUUCCUUAGUUCUGGCUUGACAAAGCCACAGACUCAAGAGGCCCCGGACAGCACCGGACGAUUAGACCAAUUCGAGUAUAUCUUUGACGAGUGGAUUCGACUGUACAAUAAUUACAAUACUCCAGAAAAGGCGCAGACCGCAUUCGUGAGACAGAUCCGAAGUAGGGGCAUCAUCGCAAGCCGAGAUGACUUCCUGAUAUUUGUGCGAAGAGCCAUUGACUUGACAGUCAAUUAUUACGAACAGGUUUCGCACGCAGGAGGUACUAGCAGUGAAGCUUUUACCACUAUAGAUGCCCUCAUAAAGAUGGUCAUAAUAUUCGCCAAGGAGAGUGCAGUGGAAUGCGAGAAUCGCAAGGAUGGGCUCCUCGCUAUUUUAGGAGCAGUUACGUCACUCAUUGCUGUCGUUCUUAACCAUCAUCAUGUAACGAGAGGCGAACACUUCAACCAGAGAGCGUUCUAUCGUCUCUUCUCUAUGCUUAUUCAUGGUGCCGAGGCCACCUUCGUAGAGAACCCACUUUACGAAUCAGGUCGACAAGAGUUCCUACUGCGAGUGGCCGAUACGUUCUUGCAACUCUCGCCAGAGCGAUUCCCUGGCUUUUCUUUCGGAUGGCUAAGCCUCAUAGGACAUCGUCGUUUUAUGCCUGACUUGCUCCUCCUCGAGUCGAAGCGUGGCUGGGUAUCAUACACUAAACUUCUCAAGUCCCUCCUAGGACAUGUAUCAUCGCAUAUGAAGGCGAUCGACGUAACGGAUGUCGUUAAGGAGUUCUACCGUGCAGUCGUUAAACUUCUAGUGGUCCUCGCACAUGACUUCUCAGACUACAUGUCGGCCAAUGCCGCACAAUUAUGCUUGAGCAUCUCGCCUCAUUGCACUCAAUUGAGGAACAUCGUCCUUAAUUGUGGCCCGCGAGCGGACGCAGCAGACUCGGCUCCACAGGAUUCACAAGGGGAUACUGGCGCGAGCUUGGCAUACUUAAGAGAGGUGGGUAUGCUAGAUAUCCUUGAGCAACUCGUUCAGGACCAACCGUCCGAAGAUGCCAUCGCUCAUCUUACGCAUGCUAUUAACAAAAGCAAUGCGAAUGAUACGACAUAUGGCAACGUGCCUCUCGGCGUUGAUCAGAGACUCAUCGACAGUAUCGUGACAUUCGUUGGUCUUCAUGCCGUUUCGAAGACCCGUCAAGAUAGACCACUCUUCGUUCCAGGUACUCCGGAUGUCGUGACGUUGUCUUUAUUGGUGCAUGAGUUACAGCCUCAAGCCCGAUACUUCCUCCUUGGCAGCAUCAUCGACCGCCUUCGCCAUUACAGUCCCGCCACUGAAUACUUCAGUUACAUUAUCUUCGACUUGUUCGGUCAGGACAUGAACGACCCUGAGGAAGCUGAUAUCCGCCAGCAGAUUGUUCGUGUCUUGCUAGAGCGAAUUGCUGGAUUCUGGCCACAGCCAUGGGGCCUUAUGAUGGUCAUCAUCGAGCUGGUGACCAAGGAGAAGUACCACUUCUUCGACCAGCCAUUUAUCAAAGCAGACCGUGACAUCUCGGACCAAUUUUUGGCAAUUGCCAGGCAGCAUCCUCAAUAGAUGCUUAGCUACUAUUCUUCAAUAGGAGAAGUUCUCUCGUCGUUGACGUAAAAUAAAUGAACGACAAUAAUCAGGGGUCUAUUGGUUGAUGGAGACUUAGUGUACCUAUGUACUAGGUCAGCCUAAACGUUGGAAUCACUUUAACGGGAAUGGGGUUCUUGACGAAUGAUACCAUAAAGGCGUAAAAAAACGUGGUAGAUGGCCUUUUGAUGAGUGGCAUUUCAUGGCGCAUGGGGGUGAAUUAUGGGCUUUCACGACUUCUGCAGCAUUGAGCUGAUGAUUCGCGACAUGAGAACUACGAACAAUGCGUCUAAUCUCUGUUGCAACCCGACGGCUAGUGUAUUAAUAUAUAGUGAACAUGACUGGCUGACAUAGGUCUGCUUUAUCGCAA